AGGUAUUUUUAUUACGGAAUUUUUGGCGUAGGGUCCCCUCCACGCUAUUUCAAAUUAAUGUUGGAUACCGGAUCACCAAUUUUGUGGGUGCCGAGUGUGAGGCUAGAGCAAGAGCGACCGAUGCUCAAGACCUCGUACGACCCGUUUGCAUCGAUGUCACACGUAUUCACGUAUAAAACAGUUUCCCUUCGAUACGGGAAUUACAAAGCCGAUGGCGAUAUUUUUUCUGAUCUUGUAAGUGAGUCACUGCCCGAUAGAUCGCUACAAAUCAAUCGUCAGCUUAAGGGACGUUCAUUUCGCACGGAGUUUUCUGCGGUGAACUCCAUAGAGGGCAGCGUGGCGCAACUGUACACAGUUGACGGUCUCUUUGGCCUUUCGCUCAAACAGUUUCACCCAGAGAUGCAGGCAACUCCACUGGAUGAUAUGGUCUCCCAAAAUGUGAUUCCACGGCGCCAGUUUACUUUCGUCUUUCAAAAAGACGGAUCAUCUGGAACGGUCAUAUUUGGAGACUUCACAAAGAAACAUAUUCCGGGUACCGUAAACUAUGUUCCUGUAAUUUGGAACGCUGGAAGAAAACACGAAUGGAUAAUCAAGAUUACAAGUAUUACGUUGGAAGAUGAUGGCAACAUCCUAGCAGCGGACCUUUCGGCACUGAUUGACACCGGGGCCUUCAGAACAUAUCUACCGAUAUCAUUUAGGAAUAAUCUUUUUGCCGGCGUUUGGAAACAAAUGGACUUGGGCAAUAACGUCGUACGAUGCGACGCGAGGAGUCGAAUGCCAACCCUCCUGGUAAAUCUGGAAGGCCACCAACUAAAAUGGGAACCAAACCAAUACAUUGAGCAGCUUGAAAUAGGACAUUGUCGGUCACUGGUCGAGGGUGCGGAACUACGGUUGACAUACGACGCAAUCGUUGGUCUCUCGUUUCUGCGGCAUUUCUCCGUGGUGUACGACGUAGACAAUGAACGAAUCGGAUUCGCCGAACCGAUUUGA